CAGACGUUGUGGCAUUACGUCGUCGCGUUUGGAGUUCUGACCGUCGACAUCGAGUCAUCUGCAAUGCUGCUAAGUUAGUACGUCUUUCGUCCACUACGCUGGCUUCCGAUGUUCAUUCGGCGUACUCAACAUCUGUACCAAAUCAAUGUGUGUCUGUUCGGCUCAAGAUUCUCCUGACAUCGUCUGUUAGAGAUGUCUAGACGUGUGUGCGCCAGUCUCCUCCACCGAGGUGCACGCUGCACGCUGACACUUUCCCACUCCACCUCCCCAUUGCAGUACUCCCACUUUGUAGGAGCCCCGCGUUAUCGUCCUCCACCAGCCUUACGGUGGAACUACUCGUCCUGGGGCCCCCUGCAGAUCAGACCAGUCACCAGCCUCACUGGUGAGGAGUCGGGGAGCUGGUCACAGAGCAAGCGGCUCCGCUCAACUCGUCAGGACAUUGACUUCAUGCUGAGCAGUGUCCAAAUCAACGGCUUUCUGCGAUCUAAUGAGCAGAGUGUGAGUGUGUCAGAGUUCGAUGGCAGAGGACUCUGUGCUGUUAGAAAGUUUGAGAGCAACCAGCUUGCCGCUAACACACCCAAUGAAGACCGCCACACUGCAGCCACCUGCCUACAGUCGAAGGGCAUGCUGUUUGGAGUGUUCGACGGCCAUGGGGGCUGGGCGUGUGCCCAGGCGGUCAGUGAGCGCCUGCUGCUCUACGCUGCUGUUGCAAUGAUGUCGAAACAGAGGCUGGAGGAGCUCGAGAAAUGCAUGGAGCAUGGCGGAGCGGUGCCUCCCAUUUUGCAGUGGUACAAACAUCAUGCAGACUUCAACUAUCGUGAAUGUGCCUCCCUUUACAUUGACCACCUGAGAGUCUUCUGGCAAGAAUUACUGGACAGUGAGGAACAUGGUGAAGGCAUGAGUCCCGCGGAUGCUCUGGAAUGGUCUUUUAAGCGGCUCGACGCUGACAUCUCCUUGGAGGCUCAAGUCCCUCUUUACAAUGACCUGAUGAAAAGCACAGCCAUACAGGUUGCGUUCUCUGGAUGCACGGCCUGCGUGGCUCAUAUUUCCACAGACAGGAUCCAUGUAGCGAAUUCCGGCGACAGCAGAGCCGUAUUGGGGGUGCUGGAGGAGGAUGGAUCCUGGAGCGCUUUGCCCCUUUCCCUGGACCACAACACACAGAACCAGGCUGAGGUGGAGCGAAUCAAGGCCCAGCAUCCGCCCUCAGAGAGAAACACGGUGGUCACAGAUGACCGACUGCUCGGGGUUCUGAUGCCGUUGCGUGGGUUUGGUGACGUAAGAUUCAAGUGGAGCCUCGAGUUGCAGCAGAGCAUUUUAGCAAGCCUGGAAUCAGGAGUGGACCUGGACUCUCUCAACCUGUACCAGUACACUCCACCCAACUACCUCACGCCACCCUAUCUGGAUGUGGCACCCGAGGUAACGCACCACAAGCUGAGACCCCAGGACCGCUUCCUGAUCCUCGGCACCGACGGGCUGUGGGAUGAACUGGGGAACGAGGAGGCGGUGCGACUCGUUGGAGAGCACAUGAGUGGGAUUCACCUGCAGGCUCCUGUUUCUCCAUCAGAGAGGCAAAUGAAAUUGGGUCAGAUGCACAAACUCUUGCUAAAGCGGCAGACCCGUGCGUCCCCCGCUUUAGACACCAACGCUGCUACACACCUCAUCCGACACGCUCUCGGCACCGGGGAGUACGGAGAACUAAGCCAGGAGAGACUGGCCACUAUGCUCACCUUGCCGGAGGACCUCGCUAGAAUGUACAGGGACGAUAUCACAGCGACCGUGGUGUACCUGAACUCUGACCUGGCCAGACCUUUACACAGCUAGCAGAAGGUUCUUUACAAUACUGGACAAGAAUUCAUAGUCCAUAUUUUUGGACAAAAAAUAUGAUCAUUACGAUCAGUUACAUACAAUGCUUUAUAAAUAUUUUUUGAUGAAAGAGCCAUUUUACGUGUCUUUUGUAAUAAAAAAAAAAAUUCUAUAUAUUUAACAUGGGUACAUUUGAGUCAAUCAAGUUUAAAUACAGAUUAUUUUCUGUCCUUCACUGUAUUUAAAAGGCUAUUUUACUGGAGUUCUAUUACUAAACUGGAAAUGUGCAUUAUGCUUAGAUAAUAUAUCUGUGAAUAUUGUUUCUUCUUUUUAGUUGGCUGGGCUUUUUUGCUAUUUAUUUUGUGUAAAUGUUCUUAUUUUAUAUAAAAAAAAAUGUUUUGAUUGAUUUCAAGCUAUUAAUGUAAUUGCUGUCUUCAGGCUGUUUGUCAGAUAUAUUUAAGGUGCCGAUGCUUCAUAUUAAACCAUUGAGGAAUCA